AUGAAAGGAAAAAAUGAGAGAGGGUAGAGAGAGAAAAUUAGAGAGGGUGAGGCAGCUGGGGAGUCAUGGGUUUCACGACGUUUCUUUUCCUUGCAGAUCUGGAGCUGCCGGAGUAGAGGUCAACGGAGGCCCCAGCGGAAAGUGUCAGCGGUGGUCGAGGUUUGGCAGGAAACUGGUCUCAAUCAACCGCCAAGCUUCGGGUAAUCAGGUCUGGUAUAGACUGCAGGUGGAUGAUGGUAAUAAGCGCUGGUUCAUCGUGCUAAACGAGAUUCACGUCGUUUGGCUCCAAGGGGUUCUUCAAACGGCCGCCAUGAGAAAGUGGUCUUUUCCUGAGCUCUGCGUUAGGAGGUUCAGGGGCCGAGUCAUCCUUAUCGGUAAGUUCAAGACGCGGUGGGGAGAAGUUCUACAAAUCUCUGAGCAAGUGCUGAAUGGAAGAGUUUUUAAGGUCUUGAUUCCUUCCUCUGGCCCGAAAGAAGGAUGGGCAGGAUUGAUCAGAUUGUUACAAUCAUUUUAUAAACGUAAACUUCAACUAAGAUUGUGCCCGACCCACGUUCCCGCGUCUCUUCCACUUCCACCGCCACCACUUCACUUGACAAGAGCCACAAGAUCAUAUGCAGAAGUUGUAAUGGGUGGGGGCCUCUAUGGUGGAGGAAACAGCAGCAUUAAGGGGUCUGGCAAAAACAGAUUCAUCGAAGUGGGGGAAGAUGGAAUUUCAGAGAGAGAGGGACUUCUGGGAAGAAGCCUGAUCAUUAGUUUCUCUUCACCAGGAUCGGCAGUCUUCAAGAGCAACAUUGUUCCAGAAGUCAGAGAUUGGGCUACGAGAUACUGGGCAAUAGAUGAUAGCUUCAAUUUUCUGGACCUUGCUAAUUGGAACUGGUUAUUAGUAUGUCACAAGGUGACGGAAGCCAUUAGAAUUAAAGAUCUGAAUUACUUGAGUUUCAGAGAGUUCUCGAUCAACAUCUCUCCUUGGUCGGAACGAGUUACAGCCCCUGUUUCCGCGGCGUUUGGAUCCUUGUUUUUGGUAUUCUGAUUCCUCUCAAAAGCGUUAAUCUGAUCACAACCAUUGGUAUUUUUUGUGGGUCCUUCAUUGAAGUCGACUGGAAUUCUUGGAGCCUUGAUUUUGUGCGAAUUCGAAUCAAGAAAACUGGACUGAUCCC